GAGGCCUUCGCCCCGCCUGCCGUGGCCCGGGCCCGGCCUUUGAUCCGCCGCGAAGCGCAGAGGCUGGCCCGUGCUCUGGCGGCCGAAACUGGCACAGUCGUGGAGGUGCGGUGCCGGCUGAGAGCUGCGCUCACGUCGCUUUUGCUGCGCUGGGCGCUGAGCUUACCUGCUUCCCGGCCGGAGGCCAAGGAGCUGGAAGGCCUCAUCGAAGACGCCUGGGCGACGCUGACCGACCCCGUCGUCACAGCCAGCGACUUCGUGGGCGUUGCAGCCCCGGGGGUCCUGGACCGUUUGCCGGAGCUUCGCCGGGAGCGCACGCGGCUUCUGCGAUCUUUGAUCACUGAAAGGCGACGAACAGCCGGGCGCCAGGGCGAUUUCUUGGAGGCCCUACUCCGGUCUCAGAAGAAGCAUGGGUUUGGGGAGGACCUGAUUGUUGAGACCCUGGUGUCGCUUACCACUGCUGGCAUCAGCACGGUCGCCACGGCCCUCGAGUGGCUGCUCUUGCUGCUGGCUCGGGAUGAAGUUGCACAAGGCAAAGCUCGGGCAGAUGUUUGCGGAAGCAGAGAGACACCAUAUCUGGAAGCCUGCAUUCUGGAGACGCUGCGCUUGAAGACUCCGCUCUUCGUGCCGCGGAAGUGCCUGAAGCAAGUCGAGGUUUCUGGCUUCCAACUGCCCGAAGGAACCCUCCUUUUGCCGGACUCCUACAAACUGGCACACGAUCCAUCAGCGUGGGAGGCUCCGAACGAAUUCCGACCCGAACGUUUCCUUGGCACCGAUGCACCGAAGGUGCGGCCGGAAUUGAGGCCGAAGUGCCCCUUCGCUCAAGGCUGGGACUCCACCUCCACACCAUUCAAGUACCUGCCCUUCGGGGUGGGAGCACGCUUCUGUCCGGGUGCGACGCUGGCACUGGAGCAGCUGCGGCUCUUUGCCGCCGAACUCCUCAUGGCUCUCCAGUGGCGCCCGGCGGGUGAUAUAGACCUCUCGGAGGCCUACUCCUUUACACUCACACCCGCUACGCCUGCGCGGCUGAUCUUCGGAGCAGCGCCACGGAUGGACCGCAGACGCAUGAGGAAAAAAAGCUGGGAGUUCAAGCGUCGGCUUCCUGGUCGCGGCUGGGUUUUCCAACGAACAAGAUGA